CUGUAAAGCAUCUCAAUCACGGAGUAUGGCUUUAGGGAAGAGGGCGGACUCUUAGUGCAUACGCAAUACAAUUCCCACCAAUAAGAUUAUUUCAAAGAGAUUACCCCUCAAGCUGAAGAAUGUUGAUUUUACAGUACGGUUACUCGUGGUGUGGUUUAUUUGAAUACAUGGGGGCCUUUACAAAUGUAAAUCCCGGAAUAGAUCACUGUCUGUAUUGACGGUAUAUUUGUAGUACAUGCCCCCCUUUUCUUUAAUGUCGAAGAGGAUGUAAAAUGUUUUUAACAUCAUUUUAGGCUAUGUUGCACUCUUACUGUGGGAACUGCUUUCCAUCUUCUCGCGCUUAGUUUACAGCUACUCGCUGAUCAAAGAACACAGACAGAGAUGCUGUGAUCAGUGACCAGACGUAACCAGCGGAGAGGAGGAAAAGGGGGAGGACGAAGAGGAGGUCAAUAUGAAGGGCCUGAGUGGCUCCAGAUUCUGCUUUUACAUGGGUUUUGUAGUCGGCACACUCAGCCUGUAUUUCUUCCUGCGGCAGCAGGUGUGGUUUGAGCGAAGCAUGGCGCUCCCGGUGCUGGGCGAGGUGCCGGGCAGCUCAGUAGCAGCGCUGUCCUGGGCCAGGCAGGCUGGCAACACUGACAACUGGAGUGUGAAGGGUGCUGCCCUCAUCAACGUCAACCACCCUCACCACACAGGCGAGGACAGUCGUGUGGCCGACCAGCUGUACCAGAGGGUGCGCAUCCUGUGCUGGGUGAUGACGGGUCCCAGUACCCUGCAGUCAAAGGCCCGCCAUGUCAAGGCCACCUGGAGCAGACACUGCAACGUGGUGGUCUUCAUGAGCUCUGUUAACGACCCAGACUUUCCCACGGUAGGGCUAGGCACAGGGGAGGGCCGAGACCAGCUGUACUGGAAGACAAUCCGGGCCUUCCACUAUGCCCUGCUGCAUCACGGCAGCGAUGCUGACUGGUUCCUCAAGGCGGACGAUGACACGUUCGUUGUGGUGGACAACCUCCGCUGGGUACUGUCCAAUCACACGCCGGAGGAGCCCCUGUACUUUGGCAAGCGCUUCAAGCCCUUCGCCAAGCAGGGGUACAUGAGUGGCGGAGCGGGGUAUGUGCUGAGCAAAGAGGCCCUUAGGAGGUUUGUGGAGGGGUUCAGGACCAAGGUGUGUACCCACACUACCCCGGUGGAGGACCUGGCUCUGGGACAGUGUCUGGAGAAGAUGGGGGUUCUGGCCAUGGACUCCAGAGACACGUUGCGACGGGAGACAUUUCAUCCAUUCGUCCCGGAGCACCAUCUCACUGGGAAGUUCUCCAAGAGCUUCUGGUACUGGAACUACUGCUACUAUCCAAUCGUAGAGGGUCCCCAGUGCUGUUCAGACCUGGCGGUGUCCUUCCACUAUGUGGACGCAGAGCUGAUGUACACGCUGGAGUACUGGACUUACCACCUCCGUGCUUACGGCUACAGGUACCGCUACAGACCUCCACCACCACGGGGACUGAUGGAGCAACUGACCCAGACAGAGAGGCCGGUGGUGGGGACAGUUGGGACAGGGACGACCCCGUCUGUUAUUACUGACGGCGGUGUUGGUGGAGAGUCAGUGGCAAAGCCUUUGUCAGACAGACGCGGGAAGGAGACAUUGGGUAGUGUUCCCGUCCCAAAUAACAGGACUGCAGUUUCAUGGGAGCGGCAAGGUUGAUUCCCUCUGUGUGGGUAUGGAUAUGUUCUUUACAGUAAGCCUGUGCCGUGCUGGCUGUUGCAUUUCUAUGUUCAGUGUCUUUCGGUUCUGUUUCUGUGUUCUUUUAUAAGUUUCACCUGUGUCUCGUUAGCCCCUCCUUAUGCCCUAGUGUUUCUUGUCAGUCAUUGUUUUAUAUUUAACAUCGUAGUCAAGUCACUCCGUUGUUGUUUGCUGUGUGUCCUUCGUGUCUACGUAAGUCAUUAAAGAUACUUUUCUACGUCCACCUCUGUGUCCUGCAACCUCCAAAAGAACGUUACAAUGUGACCCACUCUGUGUUCAAAGGAAGUUGACAGUUCUGAUGACAUGAUAUCAAUGUGACCCAUUCUGUGUUCAAAGUAAGUUGACAGUUCUGAUAAAAUAUCAAGCAUGUGUCUUACACUUGAUUGGUCAAAUCAUUAUUCCCACCACAAUCGUCCCUUACUCUGUUGCCUUAUUUGCCGUCCACUGCAGCUGAAUUAUAUGUUGUUAUUGCACUUACAGUGCAGAGAUGAAGGGGCCUUGAUAUGACUGACCGUUGUUGUUUUUUCACUGAGUUACACUCACUGGCCUGAAGGGGGCAAGCCUGUAAUAAACUGAAAAUAACCUGCAAUAUUUUUAGACAGCACUGGCCAAAUUUAGACAGAACUUGGAUUGCAGUGGUGGGAUCUUUAUUUCCAUAGUCCAUAAUAUAUUAAAGAGAGAACUUAAAAUUAUGGAUAUAACUGUGAUGCUGGCUACACAGUGCAUUUCACACAGCUAACAGGGGUGUCUGUGAAUAAUGCUUCCGCACUCAAAAUGAUAAUGUCAUGAGGUGUCAAAGGCUUUUACAGACUCUUCA